AUGGUCUGUGCUCAAGUCUUGGGUUUCAAUUUUCAAUCUGCUUCUUUGCCGGAGUUAGAAUAUUGCAAUCUAAUGUCCCAGGUAGAGGACAGGUUGAGAUUCACUGUGGCUUGUGUGGCAUGGUCCAUUUGGACAGCUCGAAAUGACCGGCUAUUCCGGAAUCUUACUGUUACUCCGACGCAGGUAUAUAGGCGUGCUUUAUUUCUCCUACCUGAUUUCAAUUGUAUUAAUACUGCCCUCCUACGGCAGAACUGCUCAUGGAACUGGGGAGCUAUAAGGUCGGUUCUUCCGGCACCUACAGAUACCAACUUGGUUUGUUGGCUCCCUCCUCCCAUGGGCGUUCUGAAAAUAAAUUUUGAUGCAUCUCUUUCUUCUAAGGAGGCAGGAGCUGCCUAUGUGAUCAGAGACUAUCAAGGUAAGCUUAUCAGAGCAGGGGGCAAGAGGUUAGCAACCUCUUCUGUUUCCUUUGCUGAACUGGUAGCUGCCUGGGCUGGGGUGGCUGUGGCCCUUUACCAGCUACAGGUGAAAGAUUUAUGGGUGGAAGGAGAUUCCCUUGUGGUUAUUCGAUGGCUUUCUAAAUCUGGUGCAUCUAAUCUAGCAGAACCCCUGCUUCAUCAUUUACAGGUUUGGAAGCAACGUUUUCAUUCUUUUCGAGUUACUCAUACUUUUCGAGAAGGGAACAGAGCUGCUGACUUUCUUGCAAGUUCAGCGAUCUUGUCUUACAUUGAGAUUGGACCUGAUGGUCCAUUUGCUUAA